AUGGGCAAAAAGAAGUCGAAAGGCGAAUACAACGAUUUCCUAGAUGGCGAGAAGCUGCGCGACAACACCGAGAUCAGGACGACAUUACAGGGCUUUGCAUCUCGAGACAUCCCAUCACCAUCAGUACAAAAAGACGAGAAAGACAGCAAGAAAGCAGGCAAAGGCGGCGCAAAGAAACCACAACUCACCCACUUCCUGUGUCUCCCCCUAGUCACCGAAACAAGCCGCCCCCAACUCCAGCAAAGACUCGAAAACUUUAAAGAAGAGCUCUCAAAAGAUGGACCCGUCCCCACGAAAGCCGUCCGACCAGUCGGCACCCUGCACCUCACCCUCGGCGUAAUGAGUCUCUCCCCCCAACAAUUAGAGCAAGCGCAAGAAUACCUUUCAGACCUCGACCUGCACACCCUCCUACGCGACAUAACCCACCUCCGCGUCGCAGAAGCCGCCGCCGAAAGCGGCGAGAUAGCCGAGAACCUCAAUGCCGCCGCCAUGCCCGACACGGACGCCUUGACAAUCAAUCUAGAAGCCUUGGUUCCCAUGCAAGCGCCGCAUAAAACGAGUAUACUCCGUUUGCGCAGGCGUUAA